AUGGCCGGCUUAGAUCCUGGGGCAUCGACCAGUAACGACGUCACUCUUUCCCCGACAACCGCCAGCCAAUCUGUGUCUUUAGACUUGGCCAACUUGAAAAAUGAGAAUGCUGUUGGCCACCGUGUCCACGCUGUGAGGUCCGUCCUAGCAUUAGUCCUAGACGAUGAAUGUGUGUUUGCAGGCUUGCAAGGAGGAGACAUUGUGGCAUGGUCUCUAGACACCUACGAACUCGUCCUAUCAGUUAAAGCUCAUGAAGAGAGCGUUUUAGGUCUCUAUUUGUCUGAUGACAAAAGUUUGCUAUUCUCUAGUGGAGGAGACUCUGUGGUCAACGUCUGGUCAACAAGUACUUUUGAGCGUCUAUAUUCGAUCUACUCACAUCAUGAUGUGGGAGACGUAUUUACUGUCGUAUAUUCGGCAGAGCUGAAGACGGUCUAUUGCGGAGGCCAAAAUACUAGCCUUCAAUGGUGCAAUCUUCUUAAAGAUGCUCACCCUCCACCUCAAAUUGCCGCCCAUCCUUCAUGUAGAACGCACAAGUUCUUUGACUCCCGAGGUCCUGGAGGGAUAGCUCCUCCUGCACGCAAAGAUGUCCAACCUCAAGAUGCGUUGUAUGACGGCCAAACCCUAACGUUCAAGAAAGAUCAACAUAGGCUCUUCGCUCAUCAUGGCUAUGUUUACUGCAUGCUACUUGUGCGCGGGUUAUUGGAGUGUCAGUCUGGCGGAGAAAUUCUGUUCACGGGGUCUGGUGACGGUUCCGUUAAACUAUGGGAGCUCAAUCAAGGGUCUAAUGUUGCACCGACUGAAAUUGCCUCAUUACAGAAUGGCAGCGAAUCUGUCCUGUCAAUUGCAGUCGAUGGCCCCUUCUUAUAUUGCGGGCUUACUGGAGGGGCGAUCAAUAUAUGGAAUCUAGAUUCUCGUCAGAUCAUAAAGACUAUCACGAACCACACCGGGGAUCUCUGGGCAAUUGAUAUCAUUAAGGGUAUCAUUAUAAGCGGUGAUUCCGAUGGUAUUGUCAAGGAUAAGACUGGUUUUGACGGGCAUCAGAAAUUCAACUCUCGUUUCGAAGAAAUCGGUUCCUGGACAGCACAUCACGGAACAAUGCUUGCAUCCGCUGCAGGCUUCGUGAACAAUCGAUGGAUCUAUGCGACUGGGGGGAAUGAUAACUCGGUUGCGAUCUGGGACUUGACUGAACAUCCAGUCGAUUCACACGAAAUCCCCGCGACGAGUAAUGGUGCGCACACGUAUCCCGUUUCUUACUUGUUGGAUGAGCUGGUCAACAGCUUGGCCAAAUUUGUUGGAUUCAAAACAAUUUCAGCGCGGCCUAAGUUCUCUGGAGAGUGCAACCAGGGGGCUGCGUUUCUACGUCGACACUGCAUUUAUCUGGGUGCUCAAACCAACAUCCUUACCACGGGUCAGAAUACAAAUCCGAUUGUGCUGGCGAAAUUUCCAGCCUCUUCUCGGAAUCCUUUAAAUCGGACCGUUUUAUUCUACGGCCAUUAUGACGUUGUCAGUGCAGAAGCCAACCAGGCGAAAUGGAACACCGAUCCGUUUCAGCUAACUUCGCUCAACGGCUUUCUCUACGGCCGUGGAGUAUCAGAUAACAAGGGCCCGAUUUUAGCUGCCCUCUAUGCAGCUGCAGAACUAGCGCAGCGAAAGGAACUCACUUGCAACGUGGUUUUCUUGAUUGAAGGCGAAGAAGAGUCCGGGUCCCCAGGGCUUUGCAGAGACAGUUCAAGAGAACAAAGAGUUGAUUGGCCCUGUCGACUGGAUACUCCUGGCAAACAUCAUCAUCCAGAUCUUCAUAGUGGUAUCGAUGGCAGUUCUUUACUUGAUGAGCCACUCAAGGACUUGAGUAUGCUGCUAGGAACUAUAGUCGGGCCAAAAGGGAAAAUAAACCUUCCAGGAUUCCAUGAUCCAGUAUUACCACUCACUGCUAUUGAAAAGCAACGCUACGAUGCAAUUGCAGAAGCUCUUCUUCCACAUCAUCCAGAAAUCGAGGAUGUCGAGUCGUUUACAGCUUCACUCAUGCAUCGCUGGCGCGAGCCAUCGCUGACCAUUCACUCCGUGGAGAUCCCUGGCUGCAAGAGCUCCCCAACUACGAUAUCACGCAAGGCGAAAGCUACACUAUCCAUUCGACUAGUGCCAAAUCAAGAUGCAGACAAAGUAGCCGAAGACCUAAUCAACUACGCGCAGUCACAAUUCGCCGACCUCGAUUCAGAAAAUACCCUCACCGUUGAAAUUACGGGUAAAGCAGACCCCUGGCUCGGUGAUCCGGAUAACGAACUCUUUGAAACGCUUUCACGCGCCGUCACGGCAGUCUGGUCAGCCAGCAGCGAGAGCAGGAAACACGACAACUACCCACCUAUUUCAUCCGGACACCUAACCAACUCAGAGCUCUCCCGCACCAAUUCCUCCGACAGCCUCGCCUCAACGUCAAAGAUUGAGCGUAUCCUCACAUCCUCAUCGUCCGCUCCCAAGCCCAAGUCUAAAUUCGGCCAGAAAACGCAGUCACCGCAUUUGCCUCCAAUACCAACAUCGUCCACCCUUACCACUGACGCUAUCGAACCGGGCGCAUGCCAACACCCGCAAGGGAGCGAGACGGCAGAAAGUACCCGAAAGCCAACCCCCAAGGCCAUCAAGCCGAUCUACAUUCGUGAGGGAGGCUCUAUCCCCACGAUUAGGUUCUUGGAAAAGGAGUUCAACGCACCAGCUGCGCAUUUGCCUUGUGGACAGGCGAGUGAUAAUGCGCACUUAAGCAAUGAGCGGUUGAGGGGAGAUCUUUCGAAGAGCCUUUAG